AUGACAGAGAAGUCGGCUGACCGAGGCUAUUGGAAAGAGAAUGAGCAACGCCGACGGCGCAAAAGCAAAGCACAGUUCUUUGAGAUGAUUCAAGAAAUAAGACGUGUUCAGAAAGCUGAGAAGGACGACGUUCUUCCCAUUGCCAAUACAACCUUAGUCUCUACUGAAUCUAAGCCUACGAGUCAGAGCGCCACCACCACCACUUUGGCGCCUCUCCCUGUUCAUGCCCAGUGCCCACUUCCCAGUGAUAACCUUAAACAGUAUCCACACUCUAGUAUAAAUCCUUUAGUUCAGUGUGUUGCAACCACCAUAAAACCCCCUGCCCAGUUUUCACAGCCUCCCAUCAGCCCUUUUUCCAAAUACAACCUUCAGCCUGCUUCAUCUCCCUUUGCCUCCAUUACCACUGACUACUUGGCGGGACUUGACCCGCAUGAGGACUCGGAGAGCGUCAUUGUGUUCAACCGAUCGUUGCCACCACAGAGCACAGAAUCAGAGGAAGGUAAUGCCCAUGCAUGUUGGGAGGAGGACAAGGACCAUGACUCAGGCUCAGGAAUCCUAAUCCUACGAGUAAGUGAGCCAGAGGAAACUUUGGAACCCAACAACCGAAAUCAGCAAUUGGAGGAUACCCAAGCUCAACAGACGUCCUCAGCGUCUUGCAAGAUAUGUUCUAGUACAGGCCAAGAUGAAAAUGAAAGUUCGCAUCGGAAAGGCUCUGGUGGAUGUCUUAAUUGUUUGCAGCGACAGGACAGCAUAUGCCGGGGUCAGAAUCGUAAGAUAAACGAUGGUGGAUGUUUUCCUUGCAGUGGCACAUCCAGCGGCCGAGAGAGUAUACAUAGUGACCCAAGAGUGCUUGCAAGAUGUGGAGCUGUGAAUGGUCUGCACCACCGUGGAAGUGCUCUCACUUCAGAUUAUCAAGUUACUACCCCUCCCCUUCUGACCACCAGCCCCCUGCUGCCUCCAUCUGGAGACACUCUGGGCACGCCAGGUGAAGAUGACAGUCAUAUUUGCUGGGCAAGCAGGUCACUGGAUGACUUUGAGGCAGAAACGUCAAGGGAGAUGAGAUUUGAGGGUGUACGACUAGUGCCACUGUCCCAGCAGGCAGCGCUCAAGACAUCUGGUUCACUUCAGCUGGUCGCUGCAUUGUCACCAGGCCGGGAAAGGGUUAGUUCUCAUCACCUCCGCCAUGUGACCAAGGCAGACCUCUGGCGUCUUUGGCAGGACUCCGAGAGACAACUAAGAUUAAGACUCCGACAGGCUGAGGCCCAGAGAGACGAUCUUAUAUUUAUCGCCUAGCGCCACAAGAUUGCCAAGAGAGUGCCAAAGAGAGUUAUACUGUACCAGAGGAAUUUCCCUCAAGUGAGAGUAGGUCAUCCUUGAGACACGAUGAGAAGGACAUAGCUCGGAAACACAUUAUACAUGAAGCAGAACCGAUACUUCACAGUGUCGCCGAAAAAUGUGAAGAAGACGAAAGGUUAAAUAUCCACCGUAUGAGACUGACAGAACAGAAUACAAGAUUGAGACCAUGCGACGAAGGCAGGAAGAAAAAUACUAAGGGAGUGGAUAUAUCAUUUACACCUAAAAGUCG